AUGAGUCCAAACCAGCCUCUACAUGAGAUUGCGCUGAACAACAACCGUAUCGCGCCUCCUCCGCCGUUCAAGACAGUCGACGCUACUGCUGGUACAGCGAUAGCAACGGGAGCGCGACAAGGUGGGGAUACCGCGGUACCACUGCCAAUCCCGGCCGACGCGCUCUCGCGAGCCUCCCACCCGAUUGCGUCGAUAACUGCUGCGCCCGACGACGGUGCUGCUGUUGAUUCAACGACCAGAACUACAACAGCACAUGCAGUUGUUGUCGCUGCUAUCGCCAAAAUGCAGCGCAAACCUUCUACCGACCGCGACGAUGGUUCUACACAGAGCCAUCCUCGUUCGAAUACCGGGUCGCAAGACACCACCAUGACCGUUACAACAGAUCCCACAUUCACGCCGCCAGCGAGCGACGCCAGUAACUGUGCACCUGGACCGUCUAGCCAGGAUAGCCAACUAUUACAGCUCUCCGAGAUUGCUGCUGCACAGGACAGGAUUUACUCGAACACACGGAAACGAAUGGCCGACGGUGUGGUUAAAAGCCGUACAGAAAGCCAAAGUCCCGUUAAAGGCCAUUCAAGAACACCGAGUGCUGUGAGCAGAACAUCAGCGGGUGGUCAUAUUGGAGAGUUGUCCAACGAAUUACGAACGCGUCUCUCGUAUGCCAUGGUCAAAGUCAACAACGGCUGGCAGUCAAAUUCGCUCGAAGAAGUUGAAAACAUGGCAUCGCAAGCUGCUUCUCCCGUUUCAAGUACAUCCACUGUACAUCGCCGACAAGGCUCAUCCGCAAGCCCUCGAAUGGCCAUGAGCAAGCCACCCUCGUCCUCAGCUCCAUUACCACAAGCUUCUGCUACUGAACGACGGAAGUCACACACACCACCGGAAACGAUCUGGUCCAAGCCUUCUCUCGCACCGCCAGCACCUAUUCGACCUUCUGCGUUACCUGCACCAAACGUGAACCCGCGUCGUAAUUCUCAUCCCCAUCGAACGCCGGGUAUGCUAUCACACUCACAUUCCGCCUCACCUCAUACACCUGGCCAACCGUCUGCCUUGCAUCAUGGGGCCAGGUCUCGUAUCUCGGGCGACCCAGUUCUCAUGUCACCACAUCAAAAUGUGAGGGAACAAGAUGCUAUUGAGACCUUGCUCUUUAUGAGUAGUCCGGGAAACUCGGCCAACUUGAAACAUGCAUUCUCUCCCCCAAGCUCAUCAGCACCUAAUGUCAUGGGCAGACCCCAAGCUCCGCGUCACGCAUUGCCUUCGGGACCUAGAAAGCCACUACCCUCACAGCGCCAGACACAGCAAGUUCGAAGAUCUCCUUACGAAAACGCAUCCAUGGGUCCGCCUCCUGGUUCACCAAUGGAUCUAGAUUCACCGCAGCAACAAUAUGGUGGCCAACAUAGAGCCAUGCCCAGAAGACGUACGAUUGGUGGUCGAAGUCAACUACGAGGGACACUUUCACUACCCAGUGGUAUUGGCAUAGGGAAUGGAAAGACAAGAAAAACAUUACGCGAUGAAGACAUCGAGAGGAUGCUUGACCAGGCCAGCGCAGAGACAGGCGAUAGCUCGGACGACGAGGAGAUUCUAAUACCGGCAAGAAGGCCAGUCGCCGGAGUCAUGCAGUCAUAA